GAUGAAGGCUGGGGGUAGGGAGAAAGCAGCCUAUCGGUGGGUCGAUCUCCCGCCCUUCAGGUUUGAAUUGUCUUUUCGCUGAAGGUAGCUUCGAUUUCCAAGUGGACUCAGACCAAAUACCUUAAAGUCACGCUCCAAAGUAAACGUUUUUGCAGGAAGAAGAUAGUGGCUGGUAGUCAGACCUUGGUUUUCUUAUCCAAGGGAACUUGGCUGCGCCCCUCUUCCCGCGGCCUGACUCCUCCCAUUGCUAAGCAGCGAAGGGGCUGGGAAUUUCCUCUCCACCCGCCCCCCCCCUCCACGUUUGCAGUUUGGGGAAGCCGGGAUUGCAGCCUAAAUUGCUUUUGAAUGUUCUCGUUGCGCUCACUUCUCGCAAUAGAUAUGCCGAGAAUGCCGCCGAUCCGGAGGCGGCGACACCGCUGCUGCUCGCCCCUGCUCCUCGCCUUGCUAGUUAGUUGCGUAGCGUGCCAGGCUCCGCCAGUGCCGGCUGGGGAGACCCACUGGGAUGGAAAAGACGUGUUGAUCGAGCGCAAGUACGUGCCGGACAAAUGCCCGCGGACCGUUAUUUCCGGCGACUUCGUACGUUAUCAUUACCAUGGCACUUUGUCCGACGGCAAGAAAUUCGAUUCCAGCUAUGACAGGGGCUCUACAUUCAAUGUUUUUGUGGGGAAAAAUCAGCUUAUUGCUGGGAUGGAGAAGGCUCUGCUUGGCAUGUGUGUAAAUGAAAGGCGAUUUGUAAGGAUUCCAUCCCAUCUUGGAUAUGGAAAUGACGGAAUUUCCAGUGUAAUUCCCGGAAAUUCAGUUCUGAAUUUUGAUGUCCUUCUGGUUGAUGUUUGGAAUUCUGAAGACCAAGUUGAAAUUCAGACUUAUUACAAGCCAGAAAAUUGUACAAGAACAAUUCAGGUGUCUGAUUUUGUAAGAUACCAUUAUAAUGGAACAUUUUUAGAUGGAACACUAUUUGACUCAAGUCACAAUAGAAUGCGAACGUAUGACACUUAUGUAGGAAUUGGGUGGUUAAUCCCUGGAAUGGACAAAGGUCUUCUUGGAAUGUGUGUAGGAGAAAAGCGUAUAAUCACAAUACCACCUUUCUUGGCAUAUGGAGAAGAUGGAGAUGGGAAAGAAAUACCUGGUCAAGCUUCUCUUGUCUUUGAUGUAGCUCUUCUAGAUCUACACAAUCCUAAAGACAAGGUUAAUAUAGAAAAACUGUAUGUACCAAAGUCCUGUGAACGUCAAACCCAAAUUGGGGAUUUCCUCAGGUAUCACUAUACUGGUACCCUUCUUGAUGGAACAGUGUUUGAUUCCAGUUACUCACAAAAUCAAACCUAUGACACCUACAUUGGCAAAGGUUAUGUGAUUGCUGGGAUAGAUGAAGGUUUGCUUGGAGCAUGUGUUGGAGAGAAAAGGAGAAUAAUAAUACCACCUCAUGUUGGAUAUGGAGAAGAGGGAAAAGGAAACAUUCCAGGAUCUGCUGUAUUGGUAUUUGAAGUUCAUGUGAUAGAUUUUCACAACCCUUCAGAUUCAGUUGCUGUUACAACCUAUUACAAACCUACUAACUGUUCAGUGCUAAGCAAAAAAGGUGAUUACUUGAAGUAUCAUUACAAUGCUUCUCUCCUGGAUGGCACUUUAUUAGAUUCAACGGUUAGCCUUGGAAAAACAUAUAAUAUAGUUCUAGGUUCUGGACAAGUUGUGCUGGGGAUGGAUAUAGGUCUUAGAGAGAUGUGUGUGGGAGAAAAAAGAACAGUUGUUAUUCCCCCUCACUUUGGUUAUGGAGAAGCUGGAGUUGAAGGAGAAGUUCCAGGAAGUGCUGUAUUACUGUUUGACAUCGAGCUGCUUGAUUUAGUAUCUGGUUUACCAGAAGGCUAUAUGUUUGUGUGGAAUGAUGAAGUAUCACCAAACCUCUUUGAAGAAAUAGACAAGGAUAACAAUGGAGAAGUUCUUCUAGAAGAAUUCAAUAAAUAUAUCCAUGAUCAAGUCAAUUCUGGUAAAGGAAAGCUAGCCCCUGGUUACAAUUCUGAAACAAUUGUGAAAAAUAUGUUCAACAAUCAGGACCGAAAUGGAGAUGGCAAGAUUACUUCUGAAGAAUUCAGACUGAAAGACCAGGAGCCACAGGGACAUGAUGAACUGUAACUUAGCUGAAUUUAAAAACUUUUAUGAGCCGAACUGCUGUUAGUGUGCAUAUAUCAUAGAAAUAAUCUGAAAUCCCCGUGCAUACUUUAAAAAAAUAAUAAUGUGGAAAUGAAUAUGUCCUUGUGUUAAUUAAGAUACAACAGGGUAUAAAAUUAAGAUUUUUUUUGUUAUGACGUUUAUAUUAAAAAUGCAAGGUGCCUUAAAAUGCAUUUUAAUUAUUUUUUAAAAUAUACAUCCCACCAUAGUGAUAUAUUCAGCUUUUUUCAGAGAUGUGAAUGUUCUGGAAAAAAGAUAGAACAUUUUCAAAAGCAAAUUAAUAUGAUUCACAUGUGUGUAUUUUUUUCAAUAUUUAUAAUAUUUGGACUGCAUGAUUUGAGGUGAAGAAAAUGUCCUAAGCUUGAACAUUAUUUGAGAAACAAAGCUAUGUGGUAAAACCUGACAUCAGAUUUUCUGAGUUAAUGGAGCUUCAUCACUUUCCUUUUCUUAAUAGUUUUAUGUAAAUGGUUUUUAUUUGUUCAGGACAUUUUCUACAUUGCAAUUUCUUUGAUUUCAUGGCAUUUUUGGCACAUUUUUGCCUGCAAUACUUGUGCUUGCCAAUUUUCUUAUUGUACUGUCUUACAACUUUAGAUUAGCCAUUGUGAUUUAUAGUUGAAGUAGAAAACACAUAGAUCAUCAAGGUCUACUGAGAGACCACACAGGCAAAUAAGUGUACACUACAUGCAAAAUUAUUUACACAGGAAGCAGGACAAUGGGAUCCUGGCUGCUCUUUAAACAUCUUUGCUUGCAGAUAUUUUAGUAGGUAGCAUCAUUUCCACUAGGUAACAUCAUUAAUGUUGGAGGCGGGAGUUGUUCCCUGAUUAUAUGCAGUAGCUUUCCCUGCCAGUAAUGGAGAUACAGGGAAAUACAGGGCAAGUUACAGUAUAUAAAUAGAGAGCAAAACCUUCCCUCCACAGACUAGUACUAAUGUUAUCUAGUUGGGCAAUGAAAUGUCUGCUAACAAGCUCAGAGAGCACCAAAAGACUCCAUUGUUCAACCCACAUUUUUGAAGUUUUGAUACAAAGAUACAAACUUGCAUUAAAAUCAUGCCUUUUGCCCUGGAUUGU